AUGACCACCAACGUACAAUCCUUCAUCGGCGGAAACGCAUUAGAUAAGGCCCCUGCUGGCGCCGUCCGUGAUUUCGUCAGCCAACAUGGAGGACACAGUGUGAUCACAAAGAUCCUGAUUGCCAACAACGGUAUUGCCGCCGUCAAGGAGAUCCGCUCCGUCCGCAAGUGGGCUUACGAGACCUUUGGGGACGAACACGCGAUUCAGUUCACUGUCAUGGCUACACCUGAGGAUCUCAAGGUGAACGCAGAAUAUAUCCGCAUGGCCGAUCAGUAUGUUGAGGUACCAGGAGGCUCCAACAACAACAACUACGCCAACGUUGACCUCAUCGUCGAUAUUGCCGAGCGCACCGGAGUUCAUGCCGUCUGGGCCGGAUGGGGACAUGCCUCCGAGAACCCCAAGCUGCCGGAGUCCCUCCGCGACAGCCCUCAAAAGAUCAUCUUCAUCGGUCCCCCGGGCUCGGCCAUGCGCUCCCUCGGUGACAAGAUCUCCUCCACCAUCGUCGCCCAGUCCGCCGAUGUCCCUACCAUGGGCUGGUCCGGUACCGGUAUCACCGACACCGAGAUGGACCCCAACGGCUUCGUCACCGUCCCCGAGGAUGCCUACCAGGCCGCCUGUGUCACCGAUGCCGAGGACGGUCUCAAGAAGGCCCACAUCAUUGGCUUCCCCAUCAUGAUCAAGGCUUCCGAGGGAGGCGGAGGAAAGGGUAUUCGCAAGGUCGAGGACCCCGAGAAUUUCGCCCAGGCUUUCCUCCAGGUCCUUGGUGAGGUCCCCGGCUCCCCCGUUUUCAUCAUGAAGUUGGCCGGAAACGCUCGUCAUUUGGAGGUCCAGCUUUUGGCCGAUCAGUACGGACAUGCCAUCUCACUCUUUGGUCGUGAUUGUUCCGUUCAGCGUCGCCACCAAAAGAUUAUUGAGGAGGCUCCCGUCACCAUCGCCAAGCCCGAAACCUUCGAGGCGAUGGAGAAGGCCGCUGUCCGUCUUGCCAAGUUGGUCGGUUACGUCUCUGCCGGUACUGUCGAGUACUUGUACUCCCACGCCACCGACACCUACUUCUUCUUGGAGUUGAACCCCCGUCUUCAGGUCGAGCAUCCCACCACCGAGAUUGUCUCUGGAGUUAACCUGCCCGCUGCCCAGCUCCAGAUUGCCAUGGGUCUGCCCCUGAACCGCAUCAAGGACAUCCGUGUUCUCUACGGCCUCCAGCCCAGCGGUACCUCCGAGAUUGACUUUGAAUUUGCCCAGCAGGCCUCGUUCGAGACCCAGCGCAAGCCCGCCCCCAAGGGUCACGUUAUCGCCGUCCGUAUCACCGCCGAGAACCCCGAUGCCGGUUUCAAGCCCUCGAGCGGAAUGAUGCAGGAGCUCAACUUUAGAUCCUCAACCAACGUCUGGGGUUACUUCUCGGUCAGCUCUGCUGGUGGUCUCCACGAGUUUGCCGACUCGCAAUUCGGACAUAUCUUUGCCUACGGUCAGGAUCGUGGCCAAUCGAGAAAGAACAUGGUCGUCGCCCUCAAGGAGUUGUCGAUUCGUGGAGAUUUCCGUACCACCGUCGAGUAUCUCAUUCGCCUUUUGGAGACUCAGGAGUUCGAAGAAAACACCAUCAAUACUGGCUGGCUCGACAGCUUGAUCUCCAACAACUUGACCGCUGAGCGUCCCGAGACCAUGUUGGCCGUCAUGUGCGGUGCCGUCAACAGGGCCCACACCAUCUCGGAGAGCUGCCUCAAGGAGUACAAGAAGUCGCUGGAGAAGGGCCAGAUCCCCAGCAAGGAUGUUCUUCGCUCCGUCACCCAGCUCGAUUUCAUCUACGACGGUGUUCGCUACAACUUCACCGCCACCCGCUCCGGCCCCAACUCCUACACUAUGUACCUCAACGGAUCCAUGAUCUCCAUCUCCGUCCGCCCCUUGACUGACGGUGGUCUCUUGGUUCUUUUGGACGGCAAGGCUCACACCACUUACUCUCUUGAGGAGGUCCAGGCUACCCGUUUGAUGGUCGAUGGAAAGACUUGUUUGCUCGAGAAGGAGAACGACCCCACUCAGCUCCGUUCCCCCUCCCCCGGAAAAUUGGUCCGCUUCUUAGUCGAGUCUGGCGAUCACGUCAAGGCUUCCCAGGCUUACGCUGAGAUUGAGGUCAUGAAGAUGUACAUGCCCUUGAUCGCCACCGAGGAUGGUAUUGUCCAGUUCAUCAAGCAGCCCGGCACCACCUUGGAGGCCGGUGAUAUCAUCGGUAUCCUCUCCUUGGACGACCCCUCCCGUGUGAAGCACGCCAAGCCCUUCGAGGGUCAGCUCCCUCCCAUGGGUCAGCCCACUAUUCACGGAGCCAAGCCUCACCAGCGUUACCGCGAGUUGCGAUUGAUCCUCGACAAUGCCAUGGAUGGAUACGACAACCAGGCCUUGGUCCAGCCCACCUUGAAGGAGAUCUUUGAGGUUCUCCAGACCCCCGAGCUCCCCUACUUGGAGUUCAACGAGGUCUUUGCAUCCCUGAGCGGAAGAAUCCCUCCCAAGCUGGAGAUUUCGCUUCACCAGGAAGUUGACCAGUCGAUGAAGAACCAUGAGCACUUCCCCGCCCGCACCCUUCAGGCCCUGAUCGACGCCCACUGCCGCGCCAACUUCUCCAAGCCCGCAGAUGUCAGCUCCUUCCUCGCCUCGGUUGCUCCUUUGACCACCAUUAUCCAGGAAUACCAGAGUGGUCUCAAGACCCAUUCCUGGAGCUUCAUCGCCCACUACUUGACUAAGUACCACGAGGUCGAGUCACUCUUUGAUGACUCUGCUCGCGAGGAGGAGAUCCUCUUAGCCCUCCGUGACCAGUAUAAAGACGAAGUCGAGAAGGUUAUCCAGACUGCUCUCUCUCACUCCCGUGUCACCGCCAAGAACAACUUGGUGUUGACUCUCCUAGACCAGAUCAAGCCCACUUCCUCUGGUGGAGCCCUUGACAAGUUCUUCUCGCCCGUUCUCAAGAAGUUGGCCGAGUUGAACGGUCGCUUGACCUCCAAGGUCUCGUUGAAGGCCAGGGAGCUGCUGAUCCAUGUUCAGUUGCCCUCGUUCGAGGAGCGUCAGUCCCAGAUGGAGAAGAUUCUCCGCUCCAGUGUCACCGAAGAGAUCUAUGGUGGUGACCACGAGGCCCGCAUGCCCAACUACGACAACCUCAAGGAGUUGGUCGAUACAACCUACACUGUCUUUGAUGUCUUGCCCAACUUCUUCUACCACGAGUCGGCUCACGUCCGCCUUGCUGCCUUUGAGGUCUACUGCCGUCGUGCCUACCAUGCCUACGAGAUCUUGGAUAUCAACUACCACAUGGAGCAUAACCCCCUCUUGAUCACCUGGAAGUUCUUGCUCAACACCCCCAACAAGUCCGAGAGUGGCCCCAACCGUGUUGCCAGUGUCAGUGACAUGAGCUACUUGAUCAACAAGGCCGAUCCCGAGCCUGUCCGUACCGGUGGUAUCGUCGCUGUCCGCGACAUCAAGGAACUCGAGGGCGGCUUCCAGGCCGUCUUGGACUUCUUCCCCGCCGUCAAGUCCAACAAGCAUUUGGCCCAUGUCCAGGCCACCAGCGUCCACAACAACGUCUUGAACGUUGUCUUGAAGUCCGAGUCGAUCCACCCUAACGAAGACGAUUACUGGCUGAACCUCUUGAGCCCCAUCGUCAAGGGCCAGUCCGAGCACCUCCGCUUGCACGGUAUUCGUCGCAUGACCUUCUUGAUCUUCCGUCAGGGCAACUACCCCUCGUACUUUACCUUCCGUGAGCGCAACAACUAUGCCGAGGACCAGACCAUCCGUCACAUCGAGCCCGCCAUGGCCUACCGUCUCGAGUUGUCGCGUCUCUCCAACUUUGACAUCAAGCCCUGCUUCAUCGACAACCGUCAGGUCCACGUCUACUACGCCGUUGGAAAGGAGAACAUCUCGGACUGCCGUUUCUUCGUCUGCGCCUUGGUUCGCCCUGGUCGCCUGCGCUCGAGCGUCCGUACUGCUGAUUACUUGAUCUCGGAGACUGACCGUUUGUUGAACGACAUUUUGGAUGCCCUCGAGAUUGUCGGUGCCACCUACAAGCAGUCGGACUGCAACCACUUGUUCAUCAACUUCAUCCCGACCUUCCAGUUGGAUGCCACCGAGGUCGAGUCUGCCCUCAAGGGUUUCAUUGACCGCCACGGCAAGCGUCUCUGGCGCCUCCGCGUCACCGGUGCCGAGAUCCGCUUCAACGUCCAGUCCAAGAACGAUACCGCCGACCCCAUCCCCCUCCGCUUCAUCAUCUCCAACGUCUCGGGCUACGUCUUGAACGUCGACACCUACCGUGAGAUCCAGACCGACAAGGGCGCCAUCUUCAAGUCUGUCGGCCCCACUGGCCCCUUCCACCUCUUGCCCGUCAACCAGCCCUACCCUACCAAGGAGUGGCUCCAGCCCAGACGUUACAAGGCUCACUUGAUGGGCACCACCUACGUCUACGAUUUUGGUGAGCUCUUCCGUCAGGCUGUUCGUGCCCAGUGGAACCAUGCCGUCAAGGCCAACCCCUCGCUCAAGACCCCCAACCAGGUCUUGGAGAUGCGCGAGUUGGUUUUGGAUGAGAAGCAGCAGUUGCAGCAGGUUGUCCGUGAGGCCGGCUCGAACAACUGCGGUAUGGUCGCCUGGAUCUUCACCCUCCGCACUCCCGAGUACCCCGAGGGUCGCCAGAUCAUUGUGAUUGCCAACGAUAUCACCUACAACAUUGGAUCGUUCGGACCCGAGGAGGACUUGGUCUUCUACAAGGCCUCGGAGCUCGCCAGAAAGCUGGGUGUCCCUCGUGUCUACCUCUCUGCCAACUCUGGAGCCAGAAUCGGUCUUGCCUCGGAGGUCAUUGGUCUCUUCAACUCGUGCUGGAACGAUGCCUCGAACCCCGCCAAGGGAUUCAAGUACAUUUACCUCACCGAUGCUGGCUUGAAGCAGUUGGACGCUCAGGAGGAGCGCUCGGGCAAGAAGUCUGUCUUGACCGAGACCAUUGUUGAGGAUGGUGAGACCCGCCACAAGAUUACCGAUGUCAUUGGUGCCGUCGAUGGUCUUGGUGUUGAGAACUUGCGUGGAUCUGGUUUGAUUGCCGGAGAGACUUCCCGUGCCUACGAUGAUAUCUUUACCAUCACCUUGGUUACCUGCCGCUCUGUCGGUAUUGGUGCUUACUUGGUCCGCUUGGGUCAGCGUACUAUUCAGAACGAGGGUCAGCCCAUCAUCUUGACCGGUGCCCCCGCCUUGAACAAGUUGCUCGGUCGCGACGUCUACACCUCGAACUUGCAGCUCGGAGGUACCCAGAUCAUGUACAAGAACGGAGUUUCGCAUUUGACCGCCCAGAACGACUACGAAGGUAUUGGCAAGAUUGUCAACUGGUUGUCGUACAUCCCCGAGCGUAAGAACGCCCCCGUCCCCAUUACCGUCAGCAACGACACCUGGGACCGUGAUAUCGACUACAUGCCCCCCAAGGGUGCUGUCUACGACCCCCGUUGGUUGAUUGGCGGUAAGGAUGCUGAGGAUGAAGAUGCUGUCUUCCAGACCGGUUUCUUUGACAAAGGCUCCUUCACCGAGACCUUGACCGGUUGGGCCCGCACUGUUGUUGUUGGUCGCGCUCGUCUGGGUGGUGUCCCCAUGGGAGUCAUUGCUGUUGAGACCCGCUCUGUCGAGCACAUCAUCCCCGCCGAUCCCGCCAACGGCGACUCUGUCGAGCAGGUUUUGAUGGAGGCCGGUAAUGUCUGGUACCCCAACUCUGCCUACAAGACUGCCCAGGCCAUCAACGACUUUAACAAGGGAGAGCAGCUGCCCUUGAUGAUCUUUGCCAACUGGCGUGGAUUCUCGGGUGGUCAGCGCGACAUGUUCAAUGAGAUCCUCAAGUAUGGAUCGUUCAUUGUCGAUGCCCUUUCGUCCUACAAGCAGCCCGUCUUUGUCUACGUCGUCCCCAACGGAGAGCUCCGUGGAGGUGCCUGGGUCGUCGUUGACCCAACCAUCAACGAGAACAUGAUGGAGAUGUACGCCGACAAGCGCUCCCGUGCCGGAGUCCUCGAGCCCGAGGGUAUUGUCGAGAUCAAGUUCCGCAAGGCCCAGUUGCUGGCUACCAUGGAGCGCCUCGACGACAAGUACCGCGACCUUAAGGCCCAGUACGAGAAGCCCGACCUCGCCGGCGCCGAGCGCGAGGCGAUCAAGACCAAGCUCACCGAGCGCGAGCAGGAGCUCCUCCCCGUCUACCAGCAGCUCGCCAUCCAGUUUGCCGACCUCCACGAUACCGCCGGCCGCAUGAAGGCCAAGGGUACCAUCCGCGAGUCGCUCGACUGGACCAACGCCCGUCGCUACUUCUACUGGCGCGUCCGCAGAAGACUCGCUGAGGAGUACAUCCGCCGCCGCAUGACCAUCGCCUCCAAGACCCAGACCCGCGACGACCAGACAGCCACUCUUAAGGCCUGGUUCGGCCGCGACACCGUCCACGCCUCCGAGGCUGAGCUUACCCAGAUCUGGGAGCACGAGGACCGUGUUGUUCUUGAGUGGUUCGAGGGCCAGUCCCGUAAGGUCGAUGCCAUGAUCCAGGAGUUGACUGCUGCUGGCACUGCUGAGGAGGUCGUUCGCAUGUACACCUCUGACCGCGCUGGUGUUGUCGAGGGCUUUGACCGUAUCCUCCAGAGCCUCUCUGACCAGGAGAAGCAGGACAUCCUAUCAAAGUUUGCCACCAUGACCGUUUAA